AUGUCUUAUGAUAGUAUGGGCACCUCCAUCUUGGUGUACACCAAGAUCUACACCAAGAUGGUUCUUUUCUUUACAUAUGCUGUUUGGGAUUGGAGAUGUUUCAUUGCUUUCUUGUCAGAGAGAAACUUCUCUGGUUCAGACAUCAUAGAGUACCGCAUGAGGGUAUACAUGUUUGGCAACAGCCCUUCUCCUGCAGUUGCUAUCUAUGGACUUAGAUGUUUUGCUCAAGAAGAGAGAAACUUCUCUGGUUCAGACAUCAUAGAGUACCGCAUGAGGGUAUACAUGUUUGGCAACAGCCCUUCUCCUGCAGUUGCUAUCUAUGGACUUAGAUGUUUUGCUCAAGAAGGGGUGGAAUCAGCAAAAGGAAAAUAUGCACAGAUGUUAUUCCGGGAUCUGUUUGAGACUUAUUCCAAUGCCCUAAGACCAGUGGAAGAUACUGAUCGAGAAUUGAAUGUUACCCUGCAAAUAACUCUUUCUCAGAUCAAAGACAUUGAUGAAAGGAAUCAGAUAUUAACAGCAUACUUGUGGAUUAGGCAAAGCUGGUAUGAUGCAUACCUGACAUGGAACAAAGAUGACUAUGAUGGUCUAGAUUCUAUCCGUAUCCCAAGCAACAUGGUAUGGAGACCAGAUAUCGUGCUCUAUAACAAGGCAGAUGAUGAAUUUUCUGAACCAGUAAAUACAAAUGUUGUCCUGCGUUAUGAUGGAAAAAUCACAUGGGAUUCCCCGGCUAUCACCAAAAGCUCCUGCGUUGUGGAUGUCUCCUAUUUCCCAUUUGAUAAGCAGCAAUGCAAUCUAACGUUUGGCUCCUGGACCUACAAUGGUAAUCAGGUGGAUAUAAUAAAUACUAUGGACACAGGAGACCUGUCUGACUUUGUGGAAAAUGUGGAAUGGGAAAUGCAAGGCAUGCCAGCAGUAAAGAAUGUCAUUACAUAUGGCUGCUGCUCCGAUCCGUACCCUGAUAUCACCUUCACACUGAUUCUCAAGAGAAGGUCUUCCUUCUAUAUCUUUAACUUGUUAAUCCCAUGUGUGAUGAUAUCUUUCCUGGCUCCUUUAGGAUUCUACCUUCCUGCAGACUCAGGAGAAAAGGUCUCUCUAGGAGUCACCGUGCUCUUGGCUCUGACCGUCUUUCAGUUGAUGGUUGCAGAAAGCAUGCCUCCUUCUGAAAGUGUGCCAUUAAUAGGUAAAUACUACAUAGCCACAAUGACAAUGGUUACAGCCUCAACAGCGCUGACUAUCAUCAUCAUGAACAUUCACCUAUGUGGGGCAGAAGCAAAGCCUAUCCCUAACUGGGCAAGGGUUGUCAUACUUGGCUACAUGUCCAAGAUAUUUUUUGUCUAUGAUGUGGGAGAGAACUGCACCAGUUCCCAGGAAGAAAAUGACACCGUUUCACAGGACACUGCUGGGGACAAGGGAGAUCAGUGUGACAUUCCCCGUCAUCAGUACUGUAAUCACUGCAUCCAUUACAGAGUUCUGGCAAAUAACAUUGAAUACAUCACCAACUGGUACCGUGAGCAGAAAUCUAUCAGCCUUAAAGGAAUCGAGUGGAAGAAAGUGGCCAAGGUGAUGGAUCGCUUCUUCAUGUGGGUCUUCUUCACCAUGGUCUUUUUGAUGAGUAUUGUAAUUAUCGCAAAGGCUGUGUAG